AUGCAGACAACGGCAGCGUCACAGCAGCAGCAGCAGCAGCAGCAGCAGCAGCAACAGCAGCAGCAACAGCUGACCAGCUACAGCAUAAGCAUUAACGAAGUGUAUGUACAGCUGGUUGCUGCCGCGCAGCAGCAAACUUCCGGCCUCGUACUGCAGCAGCAGCAGCAGAAGGAGCAGCAGCAGCAGCAGCAGCAGCAGGACCAGCAGCAGAAGCAGCAGCAGCAGCAGCAACAGCAAUUCCAGAUACCCAAUGAUUCCCCAGCAGACUCCCUGCAACCGAUCUUGAGCACAACAGAUGCAGCCCCGAAGGCGACAGCCUCAGCUGCGCCAGCAGCAGCAGCAGCAACAGCAACAGCAACAGCAACAGCGACAGCAACAGCAGCAGCAGCAGCAGCAGCAGCAGCAGCAGCAGGAAUGCACGCUCUCCCCAGGGGCCCCCCUUCAUUGGGGGGCUCCUGGUGUAGCAGCCGUUCUAUGAGCAGCCACCUUGGAUAUGAGUUGAAUUGCUGCGGCUCCUCCUCUGCUGCUGCUGCUGCUGCUGCUGGUAGGUCUGCAGCUAGCUACACAGCUAGCUACACAGCUAGCUACGGCAACGGGGAGAACACCUCCAGGGAUUCAGAGUUUUCUUCUCCUAGAUCGGCACUGCUUGCUGCUGCUGCUGCACCCCAAAGGAAGCAGCAGCAGCAGCAGCAUCAGCAGGUGUUCCUGCAGCAGCAGCAGCAGCAGCAACGGCUGCGACAGCAGCAGCAGAGGCAGCAAGACACAUUAACAGGGACAGAGCGUAGGCGCUCAAGCUCAACACUCGAAUACCUGAGGCAGCAGCAGCUGCAGCAGCAGCGGGAGCAGCAGCUGCAGCAGCAACUGCAACAACAACUGCAGCAACAGCAACAGCGACACAGAAAAAAGCAGCAACAACAGCAGCAGCAGCUGCUGCUGCGGCAGCAGCAAAACGACGGCAGGCAAUCCGCAUACCCUAGGGGUGAUGCGCCAGCAGCAGCAACUGCAGCAGCAGCAGCAGCAACAGCAAGACAUGUGCAGCAAGCAGCAGAACUCAACAAUAAUUUUGCUGAGGUACACCGCACGCUGCAGCGAGCGAUUCAGAGAAAAACAGGGCAGCAGCAGCAGCAGCAACAGCAGCAGCAAGUGCAGCAGCAAGUGCAGCAGCAAAAGCAACUGCAGCAACAACAGCAGCAGCAACAGCAACCGCAGCAGCAGCAGCAGCAGCAGUCCUUUGGAGCUGUCAGUGAAGCAGAUGCACGCCACGACGAGGUGUAUAGACAGCUCUUGAGCAACGGCUCCAGGCAUGCGGCAGCAGCAACAGCUGCUGCUGCUGCUGCUGCUGCAAGAGGUUCCGAGCAGCCGCAGCAGCAGCAGCAGCAGCAGCAGCAGCAACAGCAGCAGCAGCAGCAGCAGCAGUCUUUAGUCAUCUCAGGAACCUUCACUGCCAGUUGCUCUCCAUCCCCCGUCGGCAGCAGCCCUCAAACUCCUGUCUCUGUUAGCAAAGCAGCAGCAGCAACAGCAGCAGCAAGAGAAGCAGCAGCAGCAUCUGCUGGAGUAGCGCAGCAGCAAGAGCAGCAGCAGCAACAGCAGCAGCAGCAGCUGAUACAAGAAGCGGCGAAGCUGUUUCCUCAAGCCCCAGCUGCAGCAAAAGCACCUCUAUGUGAAGCAGCGCAGCAGCAGCAGCAGCAGCAGCAGAUUGCUGCAGCAGCAGAAACACCUCUGUCUACUGGCUCUCGCCAUCUGGCAAUGGACUUGGUGCUGCGGCAGCAGCAGCAGCAGCAGCAGCUGGAGCAGCAGCAGCAGCGUCUGCUGCAGCAGCAGCAGCAGCGGCUAGAUGAACUCCAAAAGCAGCAGCAGCAGCAGCAGCAGCAGCAGCUGGAAGCAGCUUCGAAGCCUUCGGGCCCUGCGUCUCUCCUUCUUUCUGAGCGCAAGCCUCCGCUGCGGCGGCAGCAACAGCAACAGCAGCAGCAGCAGCAGCAGCAGCAGCAGCGUUUUUUUCAUCAUCAGCAGCAGCACCAGCUCUGCCCGUCCAUUUGCUACCCUUAUCCCCAGCAGCAGCAUCAGCAACAGCAGCUGCAGCAGGAGCAACAGCCAAAGAUGAAUUUAAAUGCCCCUUUUGCAUGCUCAGCAGCAACAGCAGCAGCUCCAGCAGCAACAGCAGCAGCAACAGCAGCAGAUUCCAGCCUCCGACAGCUUCCCUCCUUUGUAAACGGAGCACAUCUGCUACAGCAGCAGCAGCAGCAACAACAGCAGCAGCAACCUUUCGCUGUUCAUCAGCAAAUGCUGCUGCAGCAACGGCCGACGACGACAGCUCCUGCGCUUGCACGGAGCAGCAGCAGCAACAUCUGCAGCAGCAGCAGCAGCAGCAGCAGCAUGGGGCUGCCUCAAAUUCGUCUUUUGUGGGAUAAGAAGGUGGCGAGGGAAAUUCAGCAGCUGCAGCGGCUGCAGCAGAAAACAGAAGAAGCGCAGCAAAACCAAUUAGUAGAGGCUGUACAAAGACAAAAGGCUCUAAAGGAAGGGCGCCCAGGAGUUCUUAUGUCGGGGGUUUCGCCUCUAGAAGACGUGGAGGAGGCGCAGCAGCAGCUGCAGCACCAAAUAAAUCGAUUGAGGGUUUAUAAAACUCGCAGAGGGGCAGCCUUAGGAGGUGUAAUACUGCAGCAGCUGCUGCGGCGGCUGGCAGCAAAGCAGCAGCAAGCAGCAAUUAUUCGUCUUCGUGGUGGGGGCCCCUCAGAGGGGCAGCUGCUGAAUCUCGCCGUUCAAAUGUUUCCUAAGAUAGCUGCGUUUGCUGCUUUGGGGUGUCUGGUGUCUGGACAUCGCCGGCUGCAGCUGCUUGAAGCAUUUUGUCGUUUGCGUUUUGCUGCUGCUUGCACAACGCUGCUGCAGCAGGAAGCAGCAGCAGCAGAAGAGAGAAUUAAAAGAGCAGCACAAAACGCACAAGCGGAGGUUUGGGGGCUGCUGCAGCAGCAUGGCAGAUGCAACACUGCUGCUGCUGCUGCUGCUGCUGCUGAUGCGGGGGCCGGCGGUGGGAGCUAUGCUGCUGCUGCUCCUGCUGCUGCUGCUGCUGCAGCAGCAGCAGCACGUAAUGGAAUGAACGCAUGCAAGGCCAACCUCCAACUGCUGCUCAGCCCCAGUGCAACCUAUAACUCUCCAAGGCAGCAGCAGCAACAGCAGCAGCAGCAACAGCAGCAGCAGCAGCAAAUUGCAAUGCCGACGAAAACACUCUCCUCGCAGUUCCGCGUCUAUUCGAGUGCUGCUCGGCCCUGCAGCGCAUGCAUCCCAGAGCAGCAGCAGCAGCAGCAGCAAGACCAGCAGCAGCAGCAGGUGCCGGAUAUUCACCGCGUCCGCAGCAGCAACAAGGGAAGCAGCAGCAGCAGCAGCAGCAGCAGCAAUGAUGAUCCAGAGCAGCAGCGUAUUUAUGAAUCCUUUGUCGACCCUCAGAGCCCUCUGCUGCAGCUCUCGCAAAGCCCGAACAUGCAGCAGCAGCAGCAGCAGCAGCGGCGGCAACGGAAGAAGGAGCGCUGCUGCUGCUGUUGCAGGAGCAAGUCAUGCACUUCUGCUGCAGAAGCUGCUGCUGCCGCUUCUGAGAAGGUGCGACUGGAGGCAGAGACAAACGAAAAAUUGUCGCGUUUAAUGAAGGAGGAGCAGCAGCUGCAGCAGCAGCAGGUGCUGCUGCUGCACCAGAUGGAGCAGCAGCAACAGCAGCAACAGCUGCUGCUAGAUCAGCAGCAAAAGCUACAGCUAGAAACCUUCGGUAGCGGCAGGCCUAACGCUGCAUACUACAGCGAGGGGGCCCCGCUGAGAGCAGCAGCAGCAGGAGCAGCAGCACCAACGCCUGCAGCUGCUGCAGCUGCUCGUGCUGCUGCUGCUGCAGGAAGCCUCGCAACAGAAGAAGCAUCUUUAACUCCAAGGGACGGAGAAAGACCCUCUGCUGAUUUGUUUGUGCCUUCGCAAUCUUUGUCUAGAUGUUCAAGCGAGGUGCAGCAGCAGCAAGAUUAUUUGCUGCAGCAGCAAGAAGAGCUGCUGCAGCAGCAACAAGAAGAACUGCUGCAGCAGCAAGAUCCCCUGCUGCAGCAGCAGGAAUAUCUGCAGCAGCAGCAACAGCAGCAGCAAGAACACCGCCAACGCCUGCUGCUGCCAAGCAGAUACAACAAACACAAAACCAUCUCUCCCUCUAGACACAGCCGCAAGUAUCAGCAGCAGCAGCAGCAGCAGCAGCAGCAACAGCAGCAGCGGCUGCUACACCCUUAUGAUUACCACAGCCACAGGGUCCACGUCGUUAGUCGCUCAUGCUCCUCUCUAUCCAGUUCGUAG